AUUGGCCGGCAGGUGGGCACGUCAGUCCUAAAGUAGGGACGGUGGCGGUGUUUACUUUCGCCGUCCAGGAACUGAACGGCGUGUGUGCUGUUCCUGUGUUACAGGUGGUAGGCAAAAUGACAGCACUUUCAUUACUCUACACUGCGCUGAAUUUACUCUACCAGCUUAAUUUAUGCAAGCUCAUGUUCGUAUUUUACACUGUGGUGAUAAGCAUGGGUGGGUGUGUAGUGAACUUCUUGAGCGGGGUGGUGGCGGCGCCGCCCCUCCUGUUGCAGGCCUUCAAGUUUGGUAAAAUGGCCCACACCACCCAGGUGAGCAGGCUGCUGGCGGCGCUGGAAGUACCCCGUAGAUGGUUCUUCCAUUUUUAUGUCUCUGCCUCCAUAGUGGUGACAAUUGCACUUUCCCUGAUGUGGUAUGUGUAUGUGUCAGGAGCCGGCUUUCCUCCCUGGGCCACCACCACCUUGGAUGUUCUCACCACACCACACAGGACACAAGCAGUCAAUGUCACCAGUGCAGCCAUGGCACUGUGCUUGCUGGCCCUCCAGAUAUACCGCAGACUAUAUGAGAACCUGUUUGUGAGUGUGUUCAGCUCAGGUCACAUGAAUAUCCUGCACUAUAUUGUUGGUCACACCUUCUACCUUGGGGCGGUGACACUCCUCCUCUCGCAGGCCCCAGGCUUUACCUCUGUAGAGUCACACAUUGUGUUUUCUGGCAUUGAGAUUCAGCACAUUAUUGGGACUGUGAUUUUCCUGCUUGGCUUUGUGGUGCAGCAUUGGAGCCUCUGUCUGCUGGCUGGCUUGAGGAAGAACAGAGGAACAAAUAUGCAAGAGAAGUACUUGAUGCCGGAGGGAGGUCUGUUUGAGGUGGUGUCAUGCCCUCACAUGCUGGCUGAGGUGUUGCUCUAUGUAGGGCUGCUCAUCAUCCUUGGUCCUGGCAGUGACUGGCUCUGGGUCACACUCUGGGUCCUCUGUAAUCAGGUCCAGGUGGCAGUGAUGAAUCACAAAUGGUACCAGGGCACCUUCAAGGACUACCCAAAGCACCGCCGUGCCAUCAUCCCUUUCGUGUUGUAAAGACACAAGCAGCUGAAUUCGUGGCCUGCUGUCCCGCACUAACUGAUGCACCUGUUGCUUUGAGUUUUCAGCUGUUUUGCUUCUGUGAUAUGCUUCCUCUUUGGUGGAGCUGUGAUAACACACUUUGUGUUGGACUCAGGGUGUCUCAUGUUCUGUCUCAGCUCUGUUCCUCUGCUGUUGCUGCUCAUUGAUAUUUUGAUCAAGCAGAGUAACAACAGAGCAGCUGAUGUUGGUCUCAUUCAGUCAUUUGAUGUAUCAUAUUAUUUUUUUGUCCUGCACCUCACCUGUCCUGUUUUGCUUUUCCCUCUUGUUUCUUGUUUUAUUCAGAACAAAGUGUGUGUGGUUUUAAAUGUUGUGGUUAUUUCCAUUUACUCCACCACUGCUUUCUUGCCUUCCUUAUCAAUACUUGACUGUCAUGGUGCUUUGUGCUCUCAGACACAAUGUUCAAUAACAUAAUAGAAAAUUCUCAUGGCCUCAUAUUUCCAUAAUUACGUAAUAUUUAGCCAUUGAAAUGUUCAGAAUUUUAAGAAAUUGCAUCAUGGGUAAAUAUAUCUUAAAAGUACACAAUUUUACUGACAACUCAUGAUCCACUACCUCCUUUAGUCUGAAAGGGAACUUUUCUCCAACCUAGACCUCAAGUGCCUCUAUAUUAUGUUUUUGGAGGCCUGGAUGAUUGGCCUGUAUAUUGUACAUCUCUGAAGUCUGGAUUGUCUGCCCAUACCCAUGAUGGAAGAGAAAGUAUCUUUUAAGUAAUGCCUGUAUAGUGUUAUACUGCCCCUUGGUGCUUCCUCAUGCUCUCAUUAUCAAAGGUAGGAUUGAUGACAGCAUGUGGAUAAUCUCUGGUCAGUCAUUGAUCACUAAAAAUGGCCAGCUUCCAUCGAGCCUGGAAUUCACGUGCUCAGUCAUCUCUUGUUGGCUGUAGCUUUGAGCCAGUACCUUAUUGUAUUUUUUUUUUAUACAUAAUUGCAGUAUUUUAAGUAAAUAUAUAAAAUAAAACACAAAUAUUUUCUGUAUUAGUGUUACAUAAAGGGGAAAUGUGCAGUAAUUUUUUAAACUAGAUAUUUGUGAAAAUUACUGUAUCAUUCCAUGCAGAUCUUAGCAUUAUUUUGUACAGAUACUUUCUGUGUUGACUGUUGGGGUGUUGUUGCCAUGAUGACUGGCCAUUUUUGUUCUGCCAGUAUUCAUGAGAAACCCCCAGUUCCUCAUACUGCACCUUACUGCUGUACAAUAAUGCAAACAAGGACUUGCAAGGUUUUAGCAAAUUCAUCAUAUAGUUUCUCUUAAAUCUAUGUAUGCUUGAAAAGAAUGAUAAGAUUUGACAAAAACUUGUCUGUCAGUGAACUGUGUUUAGUGAAUUACUCUACAUGAUGGUUGAUCUGGCAAAAUGGCUCAUCCAGCAAGGCUUUACAGUCUAGGGAGGUGGUAACUGAGUGGUUUACUUAUAGUGAUUUAAGAGUUUUGAUCAUGAUCACUGAUAUUUUAUGACCUUUAGAAUCAAUGAAAGGGCUGUUUUGUUGUGUAAAGUGCAUUAUAUUGUGCCUUGUUAGAAACAGAAUGUGCUGUGUUCAUAUACAUACUAAGGCAGGAAUUAAGGGACCAGAUACUGGAAAAUUGUCUCCAGUUAUUACAUUCCAUUAAACAUGUAAUUUGAUAUUAUAUACUGAACUAUCACACUAAAAAGAAA